GCCAUUUGGUUCGACUUGCUGACAACAUGCAGGUGUUUGAUACAGUUCGACCCUCACUCGCCACUGUGACGCGAAUGUUGUCGGAGGUGGAGCGGAAUUGGUAUCAUUCCUCCCCAGCAGUAGCAAACCAGCCUAGAACGGUAGGGCGUCCUAGGUUCGAUAUUCCACGGGAGCAGCUGCAAUAUCUUGUCGAUUAUGAAAUCACCAUACCCGACAUGUCCAGAGCCCUCGGUGUGAGUGAGAGUACCAUAAAAAGACGUAUGCGGGAGUACGAUAUCUCCAUUACCGACAGGAGGACAGCCAUUAGUGAUGAUGACCUUGAUAACAUUGUAAGAGCCAUUCAUAGGGAUUUUCCAAAUGCGGGAUAUCGGAGGGUCCAAUCGCAGCUAAUGUUGCGCAAUAUAAAUGUGUCCCAGCUGAGAGUCCGAGAAUGCAUGCAACGAACGGAUCCGGAGGGAGUUGCAAUGAGAUGGCUAUCCCUUACACCAAGAGCUGUCUACUGUGUUAGUGGGCCACAUGCACUAUGGCACAUAGACGGGAAUCAUAAAUUGAUCAGAUGGAGGAUUGUAGUGCAUGGUGGAGCUGAUGGAUACACAAGACUUCCUGUAUAUCUUAGGGCUUGAACAAAGAAUACCGCAGCUACUGUUCUUGGCCUUUUCCAACAAGCAGUGGCAGAAUAUGGACUCAACUCAAGGGUUAGGUCUGACCGGGGAGGUGAGAAUGUUGAAGUGUCUAUGUACAUGCUUCAACAUCCACAGCGGGGUCCUGAGAGAGGCAGUAUGAUUACAGGCAGAAGUGUGCAUAACCAAAGAAUCGAACGGUUGUGGCGAGAUGUAUUUGAAGGAGUGCUAUAUAUAUAUUAUCACCUCUUUUAUCAUCUUGAAGAGUAUGGCAUUAUUGACCCAGCUAACCAGCUCCACCUAUAUGGUCUGCAUUACACCUAUGUACCACGUGUUAACCAGCACCUUGACACUUGGAGAGAAGGGUACAUAAGGCACAGAAUAAGGACAGCUGGGAACAGAUCACCCAUGCAGCUUUACAUUUUGGGGCUUCUUCACAUGAGAGGCUCUGAUUCCGUCGUGGCAAGGGAGAUGUAUGAGCCAAGGACAGACUAUUGUCUUCUUAGCAAGAAAUUAAUGGAUAUGGCAUUGACUGGGAUGGGCCACUUCCUGAAGAGGAGUCUGACUGUAGUGUUGUAACAGUACCAGAAA